AUUCUUAUAUAGCUAUGAUUAUAUAUGAGUUAACCCAAAAAUGUUAUGCGUUGUAUUAUAUAGUAUGCAACAUGGUGGCUAUCGUUCUAACCUUUAGAUAAAAAUCAAACGUAUAAUACUAAUAGUAAAAAUUUUAGAAAAUUAUGGAUGUUAUUAAAUCACCGAUGGACAAUAUUUUUAAUAUGUUAUCCGGAUUUAAUGCAAGUCAUGAAAAAGCUUUAAAACAGGGUAUCUAUAAUGCAGUGGCACUUUUUUUGUUGUGCUUGGUGCUUGCUGCUGGAUAUGGAUUAUACAUAGUAUUAAGUCCAUUUUUAAAACCACUUAUUUGGGCCUUAUUAUGUGGUGCUGUUCUUUUUCCAUUUAAGUAUUCUUUAACGACUAGAGGACAAUCAUGGUUUGAUAAGAUCGAAUCAACAAGUAAACCUUUGUUUUUAAGUCUUGUAAUUCUACCUCUUCAUAUAAUGGAUAAUACUGCAGAAACAUUGGGUACAGCAUUAUGGAAAUAUAUAAAAUACAUAGUAGCUACUAUUUCAAUGGCAUGUAUAAUUAUGGCAGCUUAUAAUUAUACUCCCAAUAUAUUAUCAUGCCUGACAUGGAAGAUAUUUAAUGUCUUUAGUAUCAUUUUUGGUUUCUUCAUAUCAACUUGCAGUAUUUAUAUGAUAGCUUUUAUAUUAAUUGGUUACCUAUCAACAUUAUAUGUUUAUUGGUCACCUGAAAAUUCGAAACAUUUCUGUUAUACAUCAUUUGUAUUAUGGUUCAUGAUCAGUUUAUAUUUUUCCAAUAUACUGGGUGCUUACCAAAUAUUAAUAUUUAUCACUUUGCAAGUUUUGUACUUCAUAGGCUUUAUAUAUGAAGUAUUAUUAAUUAUGGAAGCACAAGAAAUGGAGGGUCAUCAAAUGAAACUUAUUGAAACAAUUUGUUUUGUAAUGACAAAUAGUACAUUUCCAAAAUUGCAAGAUGGUAAAAAAAAUGAAAAGAAAAAGAUUGAAAAUAUAGAACAAGUUGCAAAUAAAACAACUAUAGAAAGUGUACCUACAUCUGGAAAAAUAGCUAUAAAAUCAAUUUCAUUGGACUCUGAUGAAGGUGUGCCUUAUCCAAAAUUUGUACAAGAGAAAAGAAGAUCUACACCUAGUAUAUCUUCUAUUAGUCAUACUGCACAAGAUCGUAAUUUCUUAAAAAAAUUAAAAACAGAAUUACGAAUGUCUUUAGAUAUCGAGGAUGAUAAAGUUGAUACUGAUAAAUAUAUGUAUGGAGCACUUUAUGCUUGCAUUGGUAUGAUUUUAUGGAAACACAAAUGGAUAAUACAAAUAUUAAUCAUUCCUAUAGCUUAUUAUUUUGCUAAACAACUUGGAAGUUAUUUUGGCUUAUGGAAAUUAAUAUGCAAACAAUAUAAGUAUAUUAUUGGAAUUGUUAAUGCUUGGUGUAAAGAAAGAAAUCAAUCACUUUUACCUGCUAAUGUUAGAGGAUUAUAUAAAGUAGCAAUAAUAGUAGAUGAAAAAUUACAAAAAUUUCUGAAAGGUUCAAUCAAUGCAGUAGCAACUACUGCUGUAAUUGUAGGAUUAAUAGUAUUCACCAUUUGCACAUCAAUAUUUAUAACAAUUCAGGUCUAUGCCGAAGGUAUGCAUCUCAUUCAAGUUACAGCUGAAAUUGUAAAUUCUUCUUUAAUAAAUAAUCCAGAUAUAGACUGGGUACCUCAAGAGUGGGAAGAAUCUGUAAAUAGUGUAUUAGAUAAUGCGUAUACAUAUGGAAGAGGUGCUAUUUCUGAUGGGAUAAAGAAACUUGUUAAAGAUUUAGAUUCUGCCAAAUCAGAACAAAUGGAGAAAAAAGUUUUAGAACUAUGGGAUAGACUUUAUCAGGCAUGGAUGAUGUCUAAUGAGGAUCCAGAUUUAAUUGGACCAACGGUAGAUAUAACAGCAGCUUAUUCCAUAUGGGAAAGUUUUAAAGAUAAUUUUGGAUCACUUCCUUUACAUAUGUUUGAUAUGACUGGUAUACAAAACUUUGCAAAGGAAAAUGUUGGAAUCCUUAUGUCUUUAUUGGAUUCUGUUUGGAAUAUAGUCAAGGGUAAUAUGUCUGUGAUACUUACUGUUUUUACAGAAUUAUUUUAUAUUAUUCUUAUGAGUGGAACGGCAGUAUUAAAUUUUAUACUUAGCAUGAUUGUCUUUUUUACCACAUUGUUUUAUCUUUUAAACUCUAGUGGUAAGACAUAUAAACCCAUAGAAUUAACGACAUUAUUUAGUCCUAUUAAUUGUGACAGAUUUGCUGUUGCUUUGCAAGAAGCUGUGAUUGGAGUAUUUGCAGCCACGUUCAAACUUGCUACAUUUUUUGGCAUGUGGACGUGGUUUGUACAUAAUUUAUUUCAAGUUAAAAUUGUAUAUUUACCAUCAGCUUUUGCUACAGUAUUAGGUGCUGUCCCCUUCUUGGAUGCAUAUAUUGCUUGUGUUCCUGCAACUUUAGAACUUUGGUUUACACGAGGACCUAUGAUAGCUAUUCCUUUUUUUAUUUUCCACUUUUUACCAUGUAAUAUCGUCGUAACAGAGUUUUAUAAAGAAAUAAAAGGUGGUGGUCAUCCAUAUCUUACUGGCUUAUCUAUAGCCGGUGGAAUAUUUUGUCUGGGUGUUGAAGGUGCUAUUUUUGGACCCUUACUUCUUUGCUGUAUUAUGGUGGUAAUUAAUUUGAGUCGUCGUUAUCUUAAUUCGCCAUCUGUGGAAAUGAUAAAAACCUCUCAAAUGUCAAAUUAAUUAUUAAUUAUUCAAAAUUGAAUUAAAAUAUUGCUUCCAUUAGAACUUGGUAACAAAAUUAUUAUAAAUGCAGUAUUUCUUUCUUGAGAUUAUGCAAGGAAUUUAAAGUAAUCAGCCUUUUCAAAAAUAUGCAGUAUAUAUUCGAUAGAAGAUAUAUGCAUAUUCGACUCUAUUGAAAUAUAUUUAAAAAUAUUUGUCAAUUUACUAAGAAAAUAAAAGGUUUGAUUGCUAAAGAAAUGAUUUCAUUAUACAAUGAGAAGUCAUUUCAGCAUAAAUGUUUGCUGAAAGUUGCAUAAUCGCUGCUAACUACACUGCAUAUAAAAUAUUAUAUAAUGUUCUAUAAGCAAUUUGAUAUUUACUUAUGUCUAUAAAAUAUCUCUGCUUACGCUUAUUAGAAUUAGGAAGAUUUUAUUGUUACAAGUUAAUACUAAAAGAGAUUAUACAUUUGUUAAUGGUCUUAUACUAAUACAUAAUAAAAAAACUAUACCAAUUGUUUUUAAGAUCUGAUAAUUAUAUUAUAAUAUAUUAAAUCGUAACGAAAAUUUAAAAUUAAAAAAUAUUAAAGCUCGUA